AUAAUGCAUUAUAACAUAUACAUAUAAAUUAAAUUUAAAUAUUUGCUAAUUUUAAUUAAAAAAUAAUAGUUUUAAAACGUGACAGUUAUAGGGUGUUGGCCUACGCGUGUGUCAAUCCAUUGAUUUCGUAAGCGCACGUGUACAAAAAUCGAACGUUUAACCUUUUUUUUUUUUAAAAAGAAAAGAAAUGUGUUUCAAUUAUUUCUAUAAUGACUUCUUUUUUCUGUAUAUAUUUUUAAUAAGAAUAUAAGUACUAGUAAGAUUUUACUUUCAUAAUAGCUUUCGCUUUUUCUUACUUCAUUGAGAGUUUCUUGGAAGACCGAGUUUCUCGUUUACUAUUUGUCUAAAGAAGUAUUAUGCAUGUAUAUACAUCGUAUACAUACAUUUGUUUGUUUGUGUGAAAAACUAACUCGCACGCGGGCAAGAUGGCUGCAGGUACUCCAUACUCAUCGAUUGGACGCAUCUGUUUUUGUCUUUGUCUCUUCGCAAUUACAGUAAUCUGUCACGAACAAAUAUCCCCGGGUAGUCGGUAUUACAGUCGUGAUGGUGUAUAUGUGCCUCUAAAUGGGCCGGAUCAUCGAACCGAGACUUAUGUUUACAAAGACAGAAGGUAUGGAUAUCGUCCUAGUUAUUUGGACGUUGUUUACAAAGAACAUGCCAAAGCACCGGAGAAUCGAUAUCUUUAUGAGGACACAACUUCAAGAUUUCCUUUACCUGGAGUGUUAAGUGGUUGGCGAGAAGAUCUUCAAGGAAGAGAAAGACCUGACUCUAAAAAUCUACACAGAGAUGUAACUGUGAGCACAAAUUAUGGACAAGUGCAAGGAUUUAAAGUUUAUUUAUAUGAUAGUCCUCAAGCAAGACAUAGGCCUUGGAAUUUACCAGUUGAAAGAGUUACAAAGCAUGUUAAUGUAUUCCUUGGUAUUCCUUAUGCUAUGCCACCUACAAAGGAAGGACGUUUUAAACCACCUAGACCUCAUAAAGGUUGGCAACUAUUACAAGCUGUGGAUUGGGGACCAGCCUGUCCUCAGCCUAGUGCAUACACUGGUGCUACUAAAGGAAUCCGAGAUGUAGAUGAAGAUUGUUUGUAUUUGAAUAUUUUUACUCCAUCAAUUGAUUCUGGUUUAGCUCAGCCAUACGCAGUUAUGUUCUAUAUUCAUGGUGGAGAAUUUUCUCAUGGAGCUAGCAAUUUAUUUCCAGCUCAUAUAUUAGCUGCAUUUUAUAAUGUAGUAGUUGUUUCUAUUAACUAUCGAUUGGGAGUUUUAGGAUUUUUAAGUACAGGAGAUGAAAAUAGUCCUGGAAAUUAUGGAAUUUUGGAUCAAGCUAUGGCAUUAAGAUGGGUAUAUGAUAAUAUCAAAGCCUUUAAUGGUAACCCUGAUGCAAUAACUCUUUUUGGACCUGGUGCUGGAGCUGUAAGUGCAGGAUUAUUAAUGGUUGCACCCAAAACUAGAGAAAUGGUAUCAAAAGUAAUAGCUCAAUCAGGUUCUGCAUUAGCAGACUGGGGAGUUAUAAUAGAUAAAUAUAGAGCACAAAAUACAUCCAGAGUAUAUGCAGAAAUGUUAGGCUGUAGCAUAGAAAGCAGUUGGAAAUUGGUGCAAUGCUUGAAAAAUGGUAGAUCCUUUUUUGAAUUGGGUAAUUCUGAAUUGAAGCCACAUAUUGGAAUGUUUCCAUGGGCACCAGUAUUGGAUACCAAUUUCACAAUACCUGAUAAUUGGUAUGAAGAUUGGAGAGCAUCAGAUUGGCGUUUUUUUAUGGAAACACCUGAAGAAAGUAUAAAGAAUCGUAGGUUUAGAAAUAAUUUAGCAUAUAUGGCUGGUGUAACUACUCAGGAAGCAGCAUAUCUUAUAUACAACAAUGUCACAUUGGCUAGAAAUCAAUAUAUUAUAGAUAUAGAAUUGUUCGAACAAAAAAUCUGGGAAUUUGUUCUUCAAUAUAAUUAUACUCUAAAUUCUCAAGGAGUUUAUGAAGCUAUAAAAUAUAUGUAUACAUAUUGGCCAGAUCCAAAAAAUAUUACACAUAUUCGUGAUCAAUAUAUUAAUCUUUUAUCUGACUUUCAUUAUGUUGCUCCAUUUGAUAAAAUGGCAAAAUUGUUGAUAGAAAAACAUGUACCCACAUAUUUAUAUGUAUUAAAUACAACAGUGGAAGCAUUAAGAUUACCACAGUGGCGAAGUGUUUCUCACGAUACUGAACUUCUUUGGUUAACAGGAGCGCCGUUUAUGGAUGUUGAAUUUUUCCCUCAGAAGUGGAAUUUAAAGAGAGAUAUGUGGACAGACAAUGAUCGUAAUAUGAGUCAUUUUUUUAUGCAAACAUACUCAAAUUUUGCAAAGUAUGGAAAUCCAACACCAUCGCAAAUUUUAGGAUUACACUUUGAUGUUGCUAAGCCUGGUCAAUUACGAUAUUUAAAUAUCAAUACUACUUUUAAUAGUUCAAUUUUAUUGAACUAUAGACAAACUGAAAGUGCCUUCUGGUCUGUAUAUUUACCAACUGUUAUCGGUCGUUUAGUACCUACAUAUCCUCCAGUUACUGAAUAUUGGUGGGAACCUAAACAACCACUGCAAAUUGCCUUUUGGUCAGUUUCCACUGCCUGCCUGUUAUUAAUUGUGCUUUCUGUAGUAUGUUGUAUGCUUUGGCGCAAUGCCAAAAGCAAGACAAAGGCUGCUAGAUUAUAUGCAGACAAUCUGACCACUACUAUAGCGGAGACAUCCUGAUGGUACGAGAUGAUGAACCCUCGGAGGGAAUCGAGAAUAUAACUCGUACUUCAAAGGAAAAUAUUCAUGAAUAUCGUGAUAUGCCACCAAUCAAAUCUAGAAUACCGCGACAAAACGAAAUAAAGCUUCAAGAACGAUUAGCACAUAAUCGAAAAUUCAGUUCGACUCCAUCGCUAAGAAGUAACUCUAAUACUUCAUUGAAAGAUAUGCGUUCGGAAGGAUUUGUUACCAGUUCACCGAAUGGACAACCUAAAUUAAGCAAAGCUAUGAGUCAGUCUUCGUUACCUAAAAGUAAAAGCAAGACACAUUUAG